CGUAUAUGUAUGUUUGUGUGUGUAUUGGUAUGUGGUUAUGUCUGUGGGUGUGUUUGUGUGUGUAUUGAUAUGUGCUUAUGUCUGUGGGUGUGUGUGUGUCUGUGCUUAUGUGUGUAAAAAAAGAAGAAAUAUUAAGCAGAACAAGUUGGGAAAGAGAGAAUACGAAAUCUGGUAUAAAGAAGCGUUUGAGGUAGUUCUCUUGAUAACUAACACCAUUUAAGUAUCAUCAACCGGUUUGAACUUUGCACAAGAGAAGGCUACUGAGCUCCUUGUAUAAAUACUGUUCGAAUAUAACAAGUCCUUGACUCGCUUACAGAAAACAACAUCCAGGCCAGAUUCCAAAAGCAGGAGGAUCAUUGAGACUGGUGUAUUGCUGCGCAAAGUGACUAUUUCGAAGGCGAAGAUGUCGAAACUUUAAAUAUAGCUAGUCUGGGAACCAUUUGAUACCACAUCGAAUAAAGAUAAACAAAGUUAUUUUUUCAUCUAAAAUAUACUCUCCUUCAUUUUCUACAAUGCUCUACCAUCUAUCUGGUAGACUUGCAGGACUCCUCUUCCAAAAUUCUGUUGAGAAUUUACUGUUCGAUCAGUGUUUGUUAUAGAAUAUUCUUAAUUGGUCCCAGAUGGUGAAACACUUCACUAUUUGUAGUCCAUCAGAUCGUAAUGUGCCAAUUACUCUUAUCCAUUCUGAACAUCGAUUUUUAUCGAUCAACCCCUGCGCAUGUAUAGAUGAUAUUCCUCUUUAUUUUUUCUUAGCUAGAGCUUUUGUCUUACAAAAACUUGAGUACAUGAGAAUCUAAGAAAUUACUUAAGUAAUCCCACUUUUCUGGAGGUCAAAGGUUCUAAUCGCUGUUUCUUUUGACUUUCUCUCUUCUUUUUUCUUCCUGUUUCUUUUUUGUCUUGGUUUAGAUUUCGAUUCUCUACCAUGUGAAGAGGAAAAUGCAUUUCGUUUAUGUUCCCAAUAAAUAAAAAUUAUACAUUAUACAUUUCCUUCUGUCGAUUUCUAAUACAAUAUCAUUCUGAUCAGCACGGAACCUUUACUUAUUCAAAAGUCUCUCGCCUGACGUCCCGAGGCAAACUGUAAUCGAACUCUUUCGCACACAGAUGUUGCUCCGACAUUCAGUGAGGAUCGUUGACGUAACAGAGAAUAUGAUUUUGAUAUUGUGCGUGAUGAAAAACAUCAGUGUCUUAUUCUUUUGUGCAUUCAUUUCAUACAGCUUCUCCGGUAAACGAAAUGUUGCUCUAGUGCAUCAACAGACAGGAGUUUAUGUAAGUUUGAGUGCAGUGAGUUAUAGUGACAGGAUUAAGAGACGUGGUAGAUGUACAAAAGGGCCUUGCAACGGUCCAAGACCGAGGCUACGACGUCCAUGUUGCGCAGGUUACAUAUGUGAAUGUGAAAAUCGUAAAUGCUAUUGUAGUUCACAAAAUAGGAUCCAUGUGGCUACUAACGGUAUAGUCCAAACUGUAAUUGCUUUUCUGAUUUUUAUUGUAAAUUUACCAUCUUAUUAACGUUCUGCACCUGUGAAUCCUGUGAGUAAACUAUAUACAUCAGAUUGUUUUUAUACAACGGGGAAAUCGAUGCGAUCACGGAAACAAACAAACCAAAGGAGCCAGAGAAACAGCAAAAAUCCACUCAACUACAAGAACAUCAACAAAUGUUGUUGUUGUCACUGAUGCUGCUACUUCUCCUCAUCCUACACCUCCUCCUAUAUCUAAUAUAUUUAUGUUAUUAAUCCCUCAAAUUUUAAUGAAAUCUCAGAUAAAUAAAUUUAUGAAACCAUGAAAA